ACAACACUCAAAUUGACCACAUGAAUAAUAGCGACAAAAAUAAACGAACAAAUAUCUCUGCAAGAGAAAAAACAAGGAUUUCUGACAGGAAGAUCAUGCCCGGAUGCAAAAGAUAACAUAGCUAUGGUAAGAUGUAAAGGAAAACUACUAGACAAGGAGAUUCUUUGAGCCCAUUAAUGUUUAAUCUGAUAAUGGAUCAAAUCAUAAAGAAAUUCUCUACCCUUUUGUAUGGGGUUGAAGCUUGGACACUUAAAAAAUCUAACAUUAAAAACCUAGAAGUAUUCGAAAUGUGGUGUUACCGACGUAUUUUGAAAAUAUCCUGGAUUAAUCGCAAAACAAACAAACAAGUAUUUGAACAACUAGGCAAACAAUACGAAGUUUUAAAUUCCAUAAAAAUCGGAAAAUUGGAAUACUUGGGGCACAUCAUGAAAGAUGAAAAAUACGAACUACUAAGUACUAUAAUGCAGGGUAAAAUCAAAGCCAGAACAAGCGUAGGAAGACGUAAAAUC